ACUUUGGUUCGUGCGCCCCUGCGCGGGAAAUCUUGUUUGUGAUACAUUCGCUCGAAGGCCCUUUGGGGAAGCAUCCACGGCGAACCGUCGUCGCCGCGCGCGCCGGAUCCACAUUUUCCCACCGGAGAAAGUUGACCGAUCGUCGACGGAACCGAGCUCCUCGGUCGUGAUCGUCCGGUGGCAUGCUAGCGAGCGCUAGCUAGCGAGCGCAAGUGUCCCGCGAGUGCGCAGACGAAUCGACGGGACUAGGCCAGCGCUAGCGAAGCUCCAACCUCUGGCAUUUGCUUCUGUUUUGCACAACAGCGGGUCGAGGAAAAUGGAGAUGAACAGCAACAGCGAGUGCUUUGGAUGUGGCCGCUCCGGGCAUUGGAUCAAGCAUUGUCCUAAUGCCAGUGGUUCACGUGGACGUGGCAGUGUCAGGGGCCGGGGACGAUCCAAGGAGUUGUUCUGCUAUCGUUGUGGAGAACAAGGACACAUGGCCAGGGAGUGUGACCAAACUGAGGAUGGUGUGCAUUCCAAUUCUGUUUCUUCUCAUUCAUUUGCAUGCUACAACUGCCGCGGCACUGGCCACGUUUUCCGGGACUGCAAGGAGCCCAGAAAGGAGAGAGAGCAGCUCUGCUACACCUGCGGCAAAGCUGGUCACGUGGCCCGAGAGUGUGACCAUGCCAACGAGCAGAAAUGCUACUCCUGCGGUGGGUUUGGCCACAUCCAGAAACUUUGCGAUAAGGUGAAAUGUUACAGGUGUGGCGAGAUUGGUCACGUCGCCGUGAACUGUGGUAAAGGUAGCGAGACCAACUGCUACAACUGCGGAAAGGCAGGCCACGUGGCAAAAGAGUGCACCAUUGAAGCCACAGCAUAAUCAGUGCCCUCUGUUGCCCCUCCUUUUUUCAGAUUGAUGGUUGGUUGUAUUAUUUUCUCUGAAUCCUCUUCACUGGCCAAAAGUUGGCUAACAGAGGCUAGUCCCAGGCCAGUGAGCCUCUCGACAUGUAAUACAAUGAAAGGGGUGAAAAAAAAAUCUUUCUGCAUUCAAUACAAAAAUGUUUUAGUUUGGUAGCGGUGUUAUGUAUAAUGCUUUGUUAAAGAACCCCCUUUCCAAGCCACUGGUGAUCAGAGAUGAAUAAAAUGGGACUACACAUAUGGGCAUCUAUAGGACCUCUGAGCUUGUGGAAGUGAGUCUCAGUAAAAUGAGACAGCAGAAGGGAGUAAAUAGAAACCGAACUUCCAUGUAUGGUUAUUUUGGUUUGUUUUAGUGGGAUAUGAGUUCGCCCAGAGAGUAUGACAUGGAAUCAGUUCAUAACAUGAUGCAUUGCAGCCCACCAUGCAGCUAAGCGGGCGAUAACAAACUACAUGUUAUAUUACUAAGAUAUAAACAUUUUGGAGGUAAUAAAAGAAACAUGUUCUUUUAUAGAAAUCUGUUUACAAUUUAAAUAUCACUUAAUAGUCCAAGGUAGACUUUUCCUUUUAAAAUGGCUUUGGAAUUAUUCUUAUUUUUACCUUGGCAAAAUUAACAUCAAGAACAGUUGUCGGAACAGAAUUAGGAGAUAUUUGGGAAUGAAAAAUGUUUUCACAGAAAUCAAAAUGUUAUUUUUGUACAAUAUCACUUAGACUACUGUAUAAAUACCAUUUGCUUGUACUCAGUUUUUAAGUCGGAAGGAAAGUGCAACUGAAGUCCUAGAAAAUAGAAAUGUUUUAAACUAUCAAUAAAGCUGGAGGAGCACGGGGA